CUUAGAUGCAUAUAUUUUACCCCACAUUAGUUCCAUUCUGGUAUAUGUGGGCCCUUGCCCAUGUGGGCCGCACCUUUCUCCCGCGAGUCCUUAAAUUACGAGCCAGACGUGCUUCCCUUCUCCCAACCUCCACUUUCCAAAACAACAAAAGUUUGCGAACUGAGUUUUCUGAUCAACUGCAAGACCAAAGCAUUCAGAGCCCUUUCCAAAGCCUUGAAACACUACAUUCAAAUCCACCGACCCCAACACGAUGUCUCGUCAGGCAUAGGUCGCUGUUUUUGACACCAUGUCGUGGUCCGAGUUCACCGAGGGCCGCAAGGUCCAGCUCAACGAUUCGCGCAAGGGCACCAUUCGCUAUGCCGGCCACACCCUAUUUGCUCCCGGUCUCUGGAUCGGUGUCGAGCUCGAGGACGCCUCCGGCAAAAAUGACGGCAGCGUCAACAACCAUCGCUACUUCGAUUGUCCCAUGGGCCAUGGUAUGUUCGUCCGGCCUGCUGCAUUGAAGCUCCUGGCUGGUCCGCCCGCGCCUUUCAUGCCUCAACCUGCGAAAAAGACGCGCCCAAGCAGCACCUCCAUGGCCUCCUCUCGCGUGUCGACACCUGCCGACCCUGGACUGCCCAAGCGGAUGAGUCUCAACAAUCCUAGUCCGACACCUGGCCAGAAGCCUGCGCGCACACCCAGCGGCAUCCGAGUAAGCCUUGAAUUUCCUUUGUUUACAUUUCGACGCGUCUCUCUCCCCUCGACGCUUUGCCUUCCCCACUCCCCCGCAACCCCUCGCCAUGCGAGGCACCUCGCGGACUUCAUCCUGGCCUCGUCGCGUUACAUCUCCCCGCGACGCGCCUCACCCCCUCGCAAUGUGAGGCACCCGGCAGACCUCGUCGUGACGUCGCUGCUUGACUCGUCGCUUUCGUCUUCCCCCUUGCAGUGCGUGGCACUUGGCAGGCGCGUUGGUUGACGCGUCUCAUCAUUCUUAUCACUGCGAGCACCUGUGAGACCUCUGUCUGACGCCACUCAGUCCCCCACCAAGCAGCUGGGCGCCACUGCGGCACCCAAUGGCCCCCCUUCCCGCACCACCACCCCCGCCACGAUGGCCAGAGCUCCGUCUGCGCCUGCCGUCCGUGCUCGCCCGUCUGUCUCAGCGGGUCGGGCGUCCAUCGUGCCUCCGGUGCCCCGACGGGCUUCUGUGCCCAAGGGUGCAGCCGCCACCACCACACCCACCACCA